AUGAGUGAGCCGUAUGAACCCAUAUUUUCGAGUCGGGAUGUCCUGACCAAACAAAAAAACGCAAAACUCAAAAGAAACUCAACAGAUUCAAAGUAUUUCUAUAUCCACGCGUGCCUAACUUAUUUAGCUUUAAAUCAUCAUUACUCAUUUAUAAUUCUUAAUAAGAAGCGUACGAACACGAAGCUUGCACCUCUUUUUGAGAUCUCUUAUAUCUUCGAUGAGAUUGGCAAUCUGAUCUUUGAUUCCACUCAGAAAUAUUUAGUUGUCAAUUCGAACAUCGUUUUUGACGCGAAUGAUCUCCCAAUUAAGGCGACUAAUGAGAUCCGCGAUUUUUCAGAUGGUGACAAGCGGCGGAAAGAGGAGAGUACCACUGAAUCCAAAGUGUUGAACGUGAUGAACUUUAUAAACCACAAACUUAAAAAGUUCUUUCCAUUUCAAGAUUUCAAAGAGCAGCGCACUAAAACGGCGAAUCCGUCCAAACUCUCGUCGAUUAAGCUCUGUGAGAUCCCCUCGUAUAAUAUUAAAGCGUCGCGAUAUGAAAUGAAGAAGAGAUCCGUUGUCGAGGAAGAAGACGGGAAGAAUGGCCUCCAUUACUUUGCUCGCACAUUCAGUGCGAUGAACGUGACGAAAUAUGCCCGUCCUCGAGAGACGGUUAUUUUUUUAGGAAACGUCCCGUCGAAGUAUGACGGGAAAUAUGUGACAAUUAAGAAAGUUCCUUUUGAAGAGUAUGAGAGAGAAAUGCGGCUCUUAAAAACACCGCAAAUGGUGGAGGUAAUAAGCGACGAUUCCACUACAGAAGUAGAAGAGAAGUCGAAUGAGUGUGUUGUGAUAGACAGUGGGGUGGGGGAGAGACUUAAUGAAGUGUUAAAAGAGAGCGAAAAAGACGAGAGGGGAGAGGAGAAGGUGGUGAGUGUCGAUAUACCAAAUACAGCAGUCAAAACAACUCCACAAGGGAAUUUUAUUCAAGAUGUAUAUUAUGUCCCUGUUACUUUAAUUAAUGGAGUCGUAGUCCCACUCUUUAAUAUGAACUUUUUUAAAACAGCGAAGAGAUAUACACUGAAUGUUAAUACACUUGUAACAGAAAGGAAGAAAGAGGAAAAUUCAGAUGGAAUUAGUGGAGGUAAGGAAGUUGUUGCAGCGAAGAAAUAA